CAUCUUUUAAGUGUCGCGUAAUUUGCUUACCUUCAUUACACAAAGAAUAAACUAUUCAUGUCAACACUUGUUGGCGUUAAGUCUAAAUAUAUAUAUAUGUACGCUUAUUAGUGGAAAACCAGUAUAAAGCAUUUGUUAAUAAGUUAUGAUAGUUUGUUUUUUAAAACAACAUCAUUCUGAUACUUUUGACCAUCAGAUUGGCCACGGCCUCAACAACUUGCUCAACAGAAGAACAGACAACUUUAGCAGGGCUAAUCGAGGGCGAGUCUAGAGUUGGAGUAACGACUAACGCUACUAGCACUACUACAGAACGUCAACGAAGUUCGACGUCUCAGUUAAACAAACUACUAGUUUAUUAGUUUAUUAAGCUAAAGCAAUCUAGUGUCAGUCCUGGUGAUAUAAUUAAUUCAAUCGUCAAGGAAUUAUAAGCAGAUCACUACACAAACAUGGAAUUGGAACUCUUUCAACAGUGCAAAAAAUUUGCUAGAAUUUUAAGAUGUAAAGCAUUCGUAAUUUUUUGUUUAGUUUUAAUGCAAGCUGUUUUGGCUAGUGGAACUAUCAUGAAAAGAUCAUCUGACAAAGGUAUGGCCCAUGGGCAUAAAAUUAAUAAAAACCAUUAAAAAAAUACGAAGUGUCUACACAUCCGGCGCGCCGGACAAAUAGUGUGGGAGAUAUAUGUCCGGCGAGCAUGUCAAGUGACCGCCGGACGACUAGUAGGCGUUAUUAUUCCGAAAAAAACUACUAAGAACUAAGAAGAUCUUGUGUGGUCAUGUGGUAGUGUGGCCGCUUGACGAAAUUAUAUUUGUAGAUCGAUUCCCCGGAUGGGAACCCUUUUUUCCCCCCAUUUUAAUUGAAAAUAUUUUAUAUUAUAUUCAUAUUACCAUGUUCAUCAGCAACAGUAGUUUUAUGAGAAGUUUUAAAAUAUUUUUAGCAAUUUAAACAAUUUAAAAUGUUUAAUUUACAAUUUAAAAUAUUUUACUUUUAUUGGUUGCCUACUCCAUACUGAAUACUGGCCCCUAAUUAUAUUAUGGGUUGCUGGUACACAAACUCAAAUAACAAACUAAACAAAAAUGUUUACAAGCCACUUUCACUUCAGUUUUUUUCUAUCAUUUGCAUGCAAAAUGUACAUUACUUGGUAGAGUAUAGAUUUUAAAAUUAACAAUAGUUUUGAAUCAUUUGCGGCCACGUGACAAGGCUGAUGGACAAAAUAUCUCUCGCCACUUUGUUACGGCGGUCAUGUGACUUGGUCGCCGGACAAAUAGUGCGGUAGAUAUACAUCCGGUGCGCCGGACGUAUAGACGCUGCCAAAAAAAUAUUAAAAUGAAAAAUGAAUACAUUUGAUUUCUUACAUUUGAUUUCUUAAUAAAAACAAUGAUAUUGAUUGUUGAUUGUUAGUUAGAAAGCCAAUCAUGCACUCAUGAAUCAUGAAUUGAAAAUUUUGUUUGAGUUUGCUGCUUUUAUUGGCUUUAGUUUUGUGCAGUUGGUUGAGUUAGGACUCUGCACCUUACAUUUUACAUGUCUAUUCUGCGAAAUUAAAACAUAACUUAUACACUAGACUAAAUCCCUCAAAACGGUUUUAAAAAAACCUGUAGGCCCUAUUUACACAAAAAUGAAAAGUCAAAAUAAUAAUAUUAUUAUCAUUAAUACUAUCAUAUUUAUUAUUUUUAUUAUUGUUUUGAAUAUCAACUCUUUCCAUGCCAAUCCACAGUAUUAUUGUCUAUUUGACUGGUCCCGUUUGUGCCAAUCCACAGUAUACUGUUGAAAUGAUUUAUGUAGUUUAUUUUGUUUCCUGCGGCUACCAAUCCGACUUUUUUUGUUCUUAAACGAAGGAUAACUCUUACUACUUCCUUUCUGUUAGAAGUAGGGCAUGUUUACACAUGUUUUUUCAAAUAUUAGUUCAAUUUGUAUUGAACCUUUUGUAAACAAAGCAAUGGCCAUGCCCACUCCAAGCAUGUCAGCGGUUGCAAUACCAUGUAGGUAGUCAACAAAAGAACUUUUAUGGCUAAUUAUUGAUGCUGAAACAACAGACAAUAACCAUGAAUCGUUUGAAUCUGAUUCCAAAUGAUGAUUUUCAUCAUUCUGAUGGGCUGGUAAAUGCCAAAUGGAAAUAGUAAAAGAAUGGCGAUAGUAAUAGUAAUAGUGGUGACUGUUGGUACUUCCAUAAAAUUUUCAAAACACUUUUUAAAUAAAAAUACCACGGAUGUAUAGAGCCUUGGUAAUGGAUUAACAAAACACCCAGAUCAACUUUCUAGCUCAAGUGGCUCAAAAGUUAUGAAUUUUGUUCAAAACCACUUUGUUACUAUGGCAACGGUGAGGAUUCAGAUAAGAAUACUCCUAACGUUACAAAAAUGGGAUUAACUCUGUAACAAAAUAGAAUAUUUUCAAAAUGUAAAAUGCAUUAUGAUCAAAAAUGGAUAUACUUUUUGAGGAUUGAAAUUGAAGCAGAAUAGGAUAUCAGCUACACAGACCGUAUGGUAGUCUGGUAAGUUCAGAUUUGGGGCGCAAUUUUAAAAAUAUAAAAAAUUUGAUCUCACAAUAUUACCAAAAAAAUUUAAACUAUUGUUGUAACCGGUAUAUUGUUUUAUCUUUUACAUAUUAUUAUUGUCUGUCUAAUUUCCUUUAAUUUGAUAUGAAAUACAGCUAUCUUCCUAAAAAAAAAUGUAUUCAACAUUAAUUAAUAGAAAGGAGCACCCUAAAAAAUUUCCAUUGGCCGAAUACUGGUCUGGCACGAACGUGGAAAACCCCCUGGCAUGGAAAGAGUUAAUGCAAACUUUGCCCUUUUUACAUGGACGGCAGAAUUUCAACAGGCUGUAGACUCUAGAGUUUUUUCGUACAGGGGGGCCGCAAAAUAUUUGGCUAUCCCCAGGCAGCACCAAUCCCAGCCACCGCUACACAAUUUUUAUAAUGUAUGGAUUUGCAUGCAUAGUGUUUAUUUAUCUGUCUAAUUAUUGUGUGAUUGUUUCACCAUUAAAAAAUUCUUUAAAUGAGGUAAAAUUUACCAUCAUGGCCUCAACAUCGUUUUUUGUGCAUCUUUGUUUUUUAAAUGUGUUUUUAAGACGUAAGAACCUCAAGCAAGUACUUUAAUGUUUCUUUUGCAAAACGCAUGAAAUGCCCAGAAGCAUCUUCGAUUUCAGGGUAUUCUGUCAACCAUUCACUAAGAAACUUCCCUAGUGCAUGUCUCUUUCCAAUUCCAACUUUCCAUUUUUUAAAUUAAAUAUGCCUUUCCAUUAGAAGUUUCCAGCGCAUUAAAAUAAUACAAAUUUAAAAAAUAUAUAGUAUAUAAUUUUCACUGAUGUUGGUUUUCAUUAAUUUAUACAAAAAAGAAGAUUGCAAUCACCUGAGUUUACUUUUAGAAAGUGAUAAUAUGACACAUUAAAAUACAUUAUGCAUGUCACUAAAGACUAAUAAUAUAUAACUAUAUUUUUAAAAAAUUAAUAGUAAUCAUAAUUAUAAGAAUACAACAUUGGUAGUUCUUAGACAAAUGGAUUUGCCAUUAAAUUUUCUCAAACCCCAUGUUGGCUAUGCUAUCUUUUCAUGAACAGCUAAAUAAUGUGCAGUUAAACACAGCACCCCAUAUUCUAUGCUUAGACUUUACCUUAAAGAUAGCCUACCCACACCAAAUGUCACUGUCAAUGGGGCAAUAGGAUUUCAUCAUUUUGACCAUAAAUAUAAGAUGUAAAUGUAAACAAAUAUUCCGUUUAAAAUAUUUAAUGAAUUGUGCAAUUUUUCGUUCAAAACCAUGUAUGGCCAUACAAAUCAGUAAAGGUUAAAAAAAAACUUGUACCAAGUACAGGUAAACCCAGGGGUGGACGACAUAGCCACAUGCAGCCUGCUGAAUUGUUUAAAGGUGGCCUACACAAGACCUUCUGGGAACUGGAUUAAUGUUUUCAUAAAAUCUAUCAAUUGUGAAUUAUCUGUAAAAGCUUUUAAAAAUUAAAUUCCAUAGACCAUCUUCAAAGACGUAUAUUAAAACCAGAAAUCUAUUUUACUAGUAAAUUAUCUUGCAUCCCACUAAGUUCCAUGCACAAAAAGAUUACCUACCCCUGGGUAAACCGUAUCACUUGGCAUGUAUUGCUCUAAAGGUUUUAUAAAAAUAUUUUUAAAAUUUAUAUUCUUUCCUUUUCAGUUACAGGAGAACCAUCGGUGGAGAGUUCAAAUAUAACUAUAACUGCCAACACAACUGAAAAAGGAGGAGAAGGUAGCAGUAAAGCCAAUACAGGUUUGUGGUUGUUUCUUUAACAUAAUAUAAUUCAUAAUAUAUUGAUGAAGUUACUGAUCUACAAUAACUUUUUUUAAAGGAUUAAUAAAUAGUAAAAAAAAUUGUCUUACAAUUGUUGAAGUUAAAGAAAUAGUAGUAUAAAAUAUGUAGCAUUCUUUCUUUGAGAAAAAUAGGCAUAUGUGCUGAAAAAAUGUAUGAAAAAAUAAAGAAUUUUGGAGAAAAUCAUAUUUUGCCAUUUGCUAUAGUUUAACAAUUCUUAGAACAAAGCAUUGGUCUAUAUUGAGUACUUCCACAUUUAGACUGAGAGAUUAUUAACAUUUUUGUUGUAUGUUUAUUUUCAAUAAAUAGAGAAAAUGGUGGGAAUAGGCAUCAACCCUUUCAUGACCCACCCAAAUAUCUUCGCGCCUAGAAAAACUGUCCAUGUGGUUUUCUUUGCCAAAAAUAUUAAUCCUCCAUGUGAAUAUAUUUAUUUAUUGGGGUGAUAUAUUUAAAACUUUAGCUUGUCCCCUGGCAAAUCCAUAGUUGUCUUUUAAGAGUCAGGCCUAUCCCUGAGAUUGGACCAGGGACAAAAUCCCAGUUUUAAAACAACCUUUUUAUAAGGUGUGUUGUUUUAAUCAUUUGAUGGAUUAAAUCAUCUCUAAUAGUUGCAUCUGUAAGCAUAUGCCAUGCCAAAAGCUGAAUCAGCUAUAAGGAAAUGUCUCUCAGUGCACCCGCGCCAUGCAUAGCACUGCACUUCCAGACAAUGUACCUCUAGAGAACCAUUUCUCAAACACCCUGAAAUAUCUAUCUAUACUAAAAAAAAUUUAAAGUGUUAGAUUCUAUCAUUUAACUAUUUUUAUUUCUAUAUCACUAUUUCCAAGAGUGGGACAGAAUAUUUUAAUGAAUUUGUUUUAACUUUAAGAUGUACGUACCCGGUAGGCAAUAAAACUUAAUCAGUCUUUCAAAUUGCAGGUGCUGUUGUAGCAGCUUCAGUUAUUGCUGUUGUUGUGUGCAUUGUUGUCGUAUUUGGUGUGUACAUUUUCAAGAGAAGAAGACAGUAAGUGAUAGCUUCAAGUUUUUGUAGAGCUGUUAUAUUCUUACAUAUUUUGACAUGCUUGGAUGCCUAAAUAACCUGCUGGAUUAAAUGCGGUUUGAUAGAGCUAUAGUUUAAAGGAUGUUAGUUAAAUGAUAAUUGGAUUGUUGGUUAUAGGUUUUGUUACUAAAAGCUGUUUGUUAAUUUUUACAAAAUUGUAGUCAAAUUUUUAAAAUACUUUUUUCAAAUAAAGCUUUUAAAAAUUGUAAUAUGUCAUUCUAAAAAUAGAAGAUUGCCGCGUAGAAUGUUAUACAAGGUUGCCUUUUAGAAAAAAAUCAUGGUCAAAAUCCAUGUCCAGCUUAGUGGACUUCAGUCUGACACAUUUGUUCAACGAGCAAUUCAUUUUAAAUGGCAAGCAUAGUUACAAAGUUUGGACACAAGUGUAGGGAUAAUGUUCUUUGUGAACACCUGGUAAAGUAGAUACCACUCUGUCCACUUAAUCAUUACUUUUGUUUGUUCACGUUUGCUUCACAAGGUGAAGCGCUAGUACUAAACUGUGGUAUCAAAAUUGAACAGUAGCUGUCAGUUCUAAAAAUAGAUAUACUUUAAAUUCUUGCAUACGCUGUUAUGAAAUAUGUCAACCAGAGCUUACUGUUUAACAGUUGGGAAUGCAUUGUAAAUACUGAUAACCUGCUUAGAAAUUAAUAUUUAAAAUCAGAUAUUCAAAAAAAUCUAUACUAACAUAUCCCUAGUUUGCUUAGUAACUGACAAUGAAUUAUUGAUCCAUAUCAAUUUGUAACACGGUUUAAAGUUUAUUUACAAAGGUAUUUUAUAAUUAUUUUUGCUGAGACGUUAAUUGUUUUAUCAAAUUUUGUGGGACUUGUUGAGUAUCAUAGAUUUGGGUUGUAGAAAUCAAAAGACCAUUUAGAGUUAAAAAUAUGGGAUAUUUUCUUCCAUGUACCGAUACCAUGAACUACAAAAAAUAUAAUAACAGGAUGCCUGCUACAAAUUAACUAUAAAUCUUACUUUAAUGACUGGAAUAGUUCAAUAGAGCUGUAGUUUUAUAUUGGCUAACAAUGUUUAUUUUCUUCUUAAAAUGACAGAUAUAGAAAAUUUGGGAGUGAUAGUCCAAAUUUAAAAAAAUAUUGUGUAUAGUUUCAGUCAAUACUUAUUCAUUUAUUUUUUUUUUGUAAGAAAAAAAAAGUGAAUGAACUCUCAUUUGUUUAACUUAAAAUAAAUACAUGAGUUAACUUAAUUUAAAUUCCGCAGCAAAUAGUUGCUGGAAUGCAGUUAUACCACAUUUUGUGACAAACAAAAAAAAAAAAAGCACACUGGUUUAAGAAAAAAAAAGUGAAUGAACUAUCAUUUGUUUAACUUAAAAUAAAUACAUGAGUUAACUUAAUUUAAAUUCCGCAGCAAAUAGUUGCUGGAAUGCAGUUAUACCACAUUUUGUGAAAAACAAAAAAAAAAAAAGCACACUGGUUCAAUGGUUAAUAUUUAUUUGAGUUGAAAAGGUUAGUUUUUUACAAUGAACUUUUAUGUACAUAGUUAGAAAUUUCAUUUUGAUAUUCAAUAAAAAAAAUAUUAGACCACAUUAAUUUCUUUACUACAUAAUAUCUUAUAUAUUUUUAUAGAUCCUUAAUGAUGGAUAAGGAGAAAAAGAUGCAAAUUCAGAUGUCCUCUGCCCGCAAUGCGGGGGUAUAUCAAGAUUUAACUGUCAGUGUCCCAGCUGAAGAUAAACCGCCAGCCAGUCCUGAGCAUGAAAGGUUAAAGGCAGCAGAGGAUGCAUAAAUGAAUGAUAACUAGCAAGGGCACACACAAGCCAAUCUAUGUGGGACUGAAAACUGUUAAAUUAUUUUUUUAAGUUCAAAUAGACUAGGGAAAGAAAGGGAAUCUAGGAUGGAAUGAUUUGUCAUAGAAUAUUGAACGUCUUCAUGAAAGCUGAGUUCUACUACUUUGCCGUAGUAUUUAAAUAAAUGUUUGUGGUGGAUUCUUUAUGAGGCCUUAAGAGUCAGUCAAAGCUGAUUUGGUCAUUAUUUGCUACUUUAUAAAAAAGGAUAUAUAUUUUUUUCUAUUGGAUUAAUAAUCUGUUGAAGGUUUUAUUAUUUUUUUCUGUAAUUUACACAAGAUAACAUCAUUAAUGUGAUAGAUUAUUUUUUUUAUAGGUACUGUUCGUACUGUAAAACAUAACACAUCUAUCUAAAUUUCAACUCAUUAAGCAUGAUUUAAAUCAAAGUGAAAUAAUACUUUGUAAGUAUUUCUGGGACAAAGAAUGUAAUUUCAAGUGGUUUUGUUGAAAUAUUUGUUUUUAAAAUUUCAUGUAAGAACUAGCAAAAAUCUUGCGUUAUUUUCUACUGUUCUGUGAGUUGAUGACUAACAGUGAAAUCUUGUCAUUGUGAUAAUUGGGGUUCAUAACAUCUGAUGGCGUUAAUAGCGGAGUUUUAAAUGCCAGGUUUUAAUAUAGUUUAUUUUUUUACAGAAUAUAUAGAUGUAUUCAUGACUAAUGUACAAAAAUUGGGCCCAAGGUGCCUAUUCACCUACACAUACUAAGCGGCCCCAUGAGCAGCCUUGAUUCCUUGCAAAUAGCUUUGGGAUUUUUCAAAAGUAGAAAGACAGCUGAUUUCAUUUUUAUUGAAUGGAUGUUUAGUGAGCUAUGUAAUAUUAUCUUCAAAUCCUCAUCCCCCAAUAUGAAGUUAAAUAUUUUAAAACUUUGUGGGUCAUGACAUAACCAUGUUUGAUCUUAAUGCCCAUUAUUGCUAUAUUCCACUGUACAUAGUAAUAUUUCAUUUUUUGACAUCGCCAAAAUCGUUCACUUCUGUUGACAAAAUAACUGCAAUUAAAACAGGAAUUUCUUUUUUUUUGGUUACGAUCCUUACCACCCGUUUUAUAUCUGUGGAAUUUUUUUUUUUUAAUGGAUUUCAUAAAUCAAAUUUAAAGUUGAUUGUUAUAUUCAUCAUGUCAUUAUUAAGUUAAAUUCCAUCACUUCACUCUGUGUAUGUGCAAUAAAUUAGAUAGUAGAAGUCAACAGAUCAUUCCAUAUGAUGUUCACAUGAAAGAAACUCCGCCUUUUAUAAAUAAUGUCAUAUGAGAGAUGCCUCAAAAGCUUGCUCUGCUUACAAUACCAGACCUGUUUACUCUUACGAUUUUGGCGUACAAUAUACGAUUUUGAGGUGUAAAAAUUAUAUAUACUGUAUGUUUAUUUUUUACUAUAACUAUAAAUAUAAGGUAUUGAAAGAUUUUGUGAUGAUAUUGUACGAUUUUAAGAGUUUGAGGGUAAACAGGUUUGCAAUACUCAUUUUGUUCACGCUUAAUAGGCAAAAGAUGCUUUAUUUAGUUUAUGUGCAAUUUAAAAUAUUAAAGAAAUUAUGUGUCAGCAUACAUUUCUGUAGCACAAAGAGAAGUCUUUGUAAAGUUUAAAAAAAAUGAAUGUCUUUUUUAGGAGCAAUUGUUAUUUUAUAUUAUAUGCUUUUUUAAAAACGCCAAGGGAGUAAAGCAAUGUGUCAUAUAUUGUCCUCCUUAUUGUAUUUUUAUCUUUGAACUGGUCCUGUAACCCUGAUUUUUUUAUUGUAUUCUAUCUACAUUUUUUUGACUCAUAUUUAUAUUUAUAUAUAUAACUGAUUAUGCCAUCUUGCGAUCACUUGAAAUAUUUUAAUUGUAUUUAUCAUGUUUCAUUUAUUUUUUAAUGAAUUUAGGGUCAGUAAUGAGAAACAUUUUGAUAAUUGUCUCAAGUGCACUCGGUAGUUCAGUUGUAGAGAACUGUUCUUAUUAAUCUUGUUCUUAAAAUAUUUUUCAUAAUAUCAAUGCCUUGAAAACAUACAUUGCACAGGGAAAAGAUUUCAACUACUAGUACCUCAAUUUAUCUGUAAAUGCAAAAUGCAAGCAAUGGAGUGUGUUGGGUAUUAAAUUUCACUAGACGAGAAAUCCUUUACUUUACUAUUUAACUAUAGGGCAGCUAGAAAUAGAAUGAUUCUUAGAGUGGAGUACACGAUUUGAAGAACUUAUUAAGAAUGUCUGUUUUAUUUGACAAUUUUAUUAUUUAUUAUUGAGUUUUGUUCAGUAACUAAACUUGUUUGAUGGAAUCUGCCCUAAGUAAUGCACUUUUUUUUUAUAUUUUUAUUUUUUUUCACAUAUGCUACAGGUUUAUGUUUGUGUCAUCAUGAACAGUCUCAACAAUUGACAAGCAGUCUCUACCCCCCUCAUAAUGCAGUUAAUCUUUUAAAAAUUAUUUUUGAAAACAAAAUAGGGGUGGUUUAAUUUAUUAGAUUUUUUGUGUAUUGAUAGUAAUGAUAGUUAGCAUUUAGUUGUACUAGUCAAAACUGAAUAAAAAUGGAUUCAUCAUAUGGAAAAUUAUAUGGAAUAGUAAUAGUAUUAAUAAUCAAUUCUUUUUAUACAAAUUUUUAAGAACUCUGUCAUAAAAAUAUUUAUUAAGCUAGUUCCUGCUGUCUCAUAAGGAUAAGUAUUUUAGGUGGAGUCUGGGAAAUAUCCUUAUUGAGUCACACCAAAGACAAUGCAACCACAUAUUAGUGAAAUAUAUAUUUGUGCAUGUUUAAAAGGCAUAAAUAAGUAUUAACUCAAAGAGUCAGGGGGCCAAUCUAUGUCAUACCUUAUAAGUCUUACGUUUUUGUAUUCAUUUUGUAACUGAUAACAGUUAAAAUUUACAACAUUCAGUAUUUAAGUUCACUUAUUUUUAAUAAAUUUUUCUACGAGAUGAAUUAUAAAAUAAACCAUGUCUUUUCCAUCUUGCUGGUGUAAUUUAAGUAUAAAUUACAUUGAUUUUACCUUUCAGAAAUAUACUAUUGUGGAAGUUGUAAAAUUACAAAUGCAUAUUCUUCAAUAUGUCAAUGCCACUGGGUAAUAUAAAUUUUUAAAAUAUAUAUAAAUUUAAUUCAAGGGAAAUUUUAACAAUUGUAUAAACUAAAUGAAUAAGCUAAACAUCACACCAGGCAUAUGGGAAUUUAAUGAGAGAAAUUAAAAUGAUAUGUAGAUAUGUCAAGUAGUACAAUUAUAAUCCCUGUUCAAUGGUUGCACAAAUUUAUCUAUCCUCAUUAAUUUAAAAAAAAAAAAAUUUCAUACUUACAUUUUAUAAAUUUGCUACCAUAUAGUUAUAACAUCUUAAGUUGGCACUUGAAAUAUAUUUUAUGGUUACAAUAUUGCUUUUGUGAACAAUGUUUUAAUAAUGUAAAUUUUUUCACUUACAUACGUUCAUACAUUAUUACAUAUAAUUUUAAUUUAGCCAUCUUUUAAUCACUUUAUAUGUUUAGAUCAUUGUAGAGGUGUUUUUCCUCCUCAUUUUCAUUUUACCUGUUGCUUAAGUACUCUCUUGUUAAAAACUAAACCCUGAUGUUGACAUAUUGUAAUUUCCAGAAACAUAUCAGUCUAUUGAUGUCAUGACAACUCCUUCAAUGUGAACCUGAAUGAUUGUUUCCCCUUAAUGUGGUGACAAUGUUAAAGUUACAUAUUUUGCCCUUCGGUGGAUAUUUUAAAUAUAUAAUUGUUUUUGGUAUAAAUUUUCUAUUUGAGAAAAUCAUUUGUAUUUAUUUCUAAACUUUUGUGUAAUACUUUUACUACAGGUACUUUAUCAGUCAGUACUUUCAAGUAAUGUUUUACAGCUAUACUCGACAUUGUAAUUGUUAUGAUUAUAUAAUGAUGAUAACAAUAAUACACAGUUCAUGAAAUUUUUUGUGAUCACUUUUUAUCAGAAUCAGCCGCUUCAUAUAAUCAAAUAUCAAAAAACUGUUUUAAAUAAUAAAUUUCUAUAAAAUUAAUUUUAAGAAUCACACAUUCUGAUAUUAGAAUCGAUAACCCGGUCGGUACACAAAAGGAAUGGACAUCAUAAAUUACCCAAACAAAAUAAGAUUUUUUUUUAAUGACAAUUUCAGGAUUGGAUCAACAUUGAUGAUGAUGUUUUAAGUUAUUACAACAUGAACUGACUAAAAGAUACUCUAGUAAAUUCUAAUGGAAGAGCACUAGGUACUGAAUAUAAACCCAAACCAAUCCCAGUAACCAGGAACAUAGGAAGUUAUAACAGUUAAGAAGGGCAUGAGUAAUAGCGGUUGUGGUGAUUAUAGAAAUUAGUAUAAUUAUAAAAUCUUAGAGAAAACUUCAAUGGUGUUUUGUAAUAAAUUUUCAGUCUAAUUAUUUUUUUAACUUUCAUGGAAAAUGUAUUCACUCUUUGCAUGGAUAUGAAUGGUCUUUUUUCAGAUUUUUUGGGAUACCGGUAUUAGAAUCACCUCUUUAAAUUUAAAGAAAUGAUAAUCACUUGACAAACAUGAUCAUAAUAAACGGCGUUUACCGUAUAUACCGGUUUAUUUUUAAAUUUUAAAAUUACUAAGAAGACUUAAGUAGGGGAAAUAAUUGUUACCCAAAAUUUUAUUGUAUAAAUCCAGUUGUGAUCCAAUAUUUUCUGGACUUCAUCAUACUUCAUGAAAAAAAUCAUGAUUAAAAUCAAUACAGACUUACUGUAACCAAGAUCAACUUAAAUAUUUCUUGUAAACAUUUAUUCAGGGUUCAGAUUUAAGAUUUUUUGUUUUUAAAUGCCUGUACACUGUAUGUCAUUUGGUGUUGUUGACAAAAAAAUAAAAUAUUUUUAAAAGCUGUUAUAGUUAUAUUUUUCUUGUCUAUAGUCAUUUUCUGCAAACCUAAUUUAUAUCUUAA